AUGUCUUUCAUUUCUUUAUACAAGAUAAUGAGGAUCUACCGUUUGUGGUUAAUAUCGUACAGUGACCCUAACGCUUUUUCCGCAAGUGCUAUUACUCACCCACUGCAAUUUUUUUCACCUAAUUAUAGCUACCCUGGUGAAUACAACUGUUUAUAUUAUGAUUUUGUUUCGCCUUUCUUUACCUUUCUUUGCGCAUUUCCCUGUGGAGUCCCCCGUCUGCUAACUUCCGCCUAUCCCAGAGGUUUUCAAAACUGUUAUCUUUUCUUUUACUUUUUUUUCUUUAAACCAUAUGCAUGCCUCGCCGUACAAAGUGCUUCUUUUGCAGUUAUUAGGCCUCAAUCGAGACUUGACGCCGUGAACCCUGCAGCGCCGAAGGAGGAGUUUCACAGGUAUGGGUCUCAAAUGGAGAUUGAAAAUUCCUAUCAAAUGAAUAUUCCAUACGGCAUUAUCUAUCUAUCUAUCUAUCUAUCUAUCUAUCUAUCUAUCUAUCUAUCUAUCUAUCUAUCUAUCUAUCUCAGUCUGUUCAUAUCUAUCUGUCUAUCUAUCUUUGGUCUUUUAUUUAUCUAUUAA